GUCAGGCAACUCAGAAACUCACAGUCACCGAUCAUCAUGGACGCCAUCAGGAGCCAAACCCAAGAGCAAUGCGAAAGCAUCUCUGACGUCUUGCCUAUCACUAUCCAAGCGCUUCUACCGUCUGUCUUGGCAGCGAAAGGCACGAUCACAAGUGUCGAGCGCAAGACGUUCAAGUACGGGUCCACCGAUCGCCACCAGCUCGAUGUCUAUUACCCUCCGUCUGGUUCGGCCGAGCCGAGCCCAGUCCUCUUUUGGGCCUACGGCGGCGGUUUCGUUCACGGAGACAGGAUCCUUGAGCCGAGUCAAGGCCUCGUCUACGCCACCGUCGGCUCAUUCUUCGCUCGCAAGGGCCUCGUCGUCGUCAUCCCCGACUACCGUCUCGCGCCGGAGGCCAAAUUUCCCGCCCAGUCCGAGGACAUCCGCGAUGCGAUACUCUGGGUCAUCAAGAACGCUGCCUCGCUGAACACGGGCAACGUCACUCUCGACGUGGACCGCAUCGUGGCGUCGGGACACUCGGCGGGCGCGAUCAACGUCGCGACGCUGUACUUGCAUCCGGAACUCCUCGCCGGCACCGACAUCCUUGCGCGCACCAAGGCCCUGGUCUUGGAGGCAGGAACGUAUGCAUUCGAGAUCCCGGGCUUGCGCUCUGCGCUGCCUACGGAUAUCAUGGAGCAGUACUAUGGGACCGCUGACACCUACGAGACGCACGUCCCCCUGGGGUUGCUGAAGGCAUUACCGGCCGACAAGGUGAAGGCACUCCCCCCGGUGCUGAUCGUCGACGCAGAGAAGGAACCGACGUUCGUCGUCAAGAGCGAGGACCUGUUUAAGCAAGAAUUGGAGAGGAUCGAUAGCGGUCGGAAGGUGGACAGGAUCGUGGCGAAAGGUCAUAACCAUAUCAGCGUCAACUGGGUGUUGGGCACCGGUGACGGCGAAGAAUGGGCGGAGGAGGUUAUCCAAUGGCUGCGCAAAGUCUUCGCCUGAUAUGUUUGCACGCCUAAGAAUGCGAAGGGAACUGGAUUGUACUCGUGUGCUCGUACCGGUGUCGAGUCACUGUAGGCUACAAGAGGUGUAUAUGUUCGAUGCGGAUCGG